UCGUUUCCUUUCCACGCCUAUCAUUGAGCUGGAACUGUAAACAGGGCAGGACGAGGUUCCCACCGAGGGUUUCAUCGCGGCGGCGGCGCAAACAAAAGGACCCAGCGUUAGCUCGGCCUUGGCGGGAGGGGGGCGAAGGAAUCCGCGGCCGCAGUGAUCCCUGGGUGUCGAGACUCGAGACCCAGCGUCCCAGCCCCUCUGCUCCUCCCAACCCCAUCGCGACAUGGAGCCGGGAGCCAAAUCAGAAGCAAAGCAAGAGGAGCAAGGAUCCGGCGCUGUGGGAAGCGGCGGCGGCGGCAACAGCAAGGUCUAUCACGAGAGGCAGAGGCUGCAGUUCUGCCUCCUCCACGCCCUCAACAACCUUAUGCAGGAAAAGGAAUGUUUCACCCGAGCUGAGUUGGAUGGGGUUGCUAGAAAUCUUGUUCUCAGUGAUCCAAACAAGGACCACUGGAGUCCUCUAUCGUUCAUUUUUAAACCUCACCACAAUGUAGUAACUGGGAACUAUGAUGUAAAUGUUCUCAUCGCAGCAUUAGAAGCUAGAAAGAAGAAGGUAGUCUGGCAUGAUCAUCGAAAAGAGGCAUCAUCAAUCGAUCUGGAUGCAGAAUCGUUCAUUGGUCUGAUGAUCAAUGUGCCUGUCAGGAGGUUCAGGGGGCUUUGGACUGGCAGGCAUUGGGUAGCGAUUCGAAGCAUUGAUGGUAUCUGGUUCAAUUUGGAUAGUGAUCUUUCCGAACCUAAGCAGUUUAAGGACAAAGAAAACGUAAUUGUGUUCCUGGACAGCUUACUCAGCCAAGGUGGAGAACUCAUGAUCGUGCUGCAAGAUGAAUAACAGUACUGCCCCAAAUCUCAAAUGGCUACCAAAAGAGCCUCCUAUGUGCGCCCAUACUUGUGAAUUGCCAUCAUGAUGAGAUCACAGGCAUCUGCAGCAGAAAUUUUUGUAAACCUUACAGUUUUAUUGCUGAGCAUGAUGGACAAAUUGGUAGAUGGAAGGUUCAAUGUGGAAAACAUACACCUCACGUGUUUCUGUUGUUGCCAUGGACCUUCUCUUUAAUUGAUUGUUGUGUGUCUCUGUCAUAUGCCGGAUUGCCAGCCAGGUAUCCACAGUAGGCAGAACAUAAGCUUGCUAAAUGAUGGAAAUAAAGAAAUUGUCAGCGAGAACAGGUUACUUGUGAUGGAGAACUUAAGGGAAGGAUGAAGGAACAUCUGCUGCAAUUGUAGUUGUGCUUUGGAGAACCAAAGUAGUCCUGGAUGCUCCUAGAAUUUGUCAAUUCAUUUUCUAAGUACUAUUGGAUGUACAUUACAUGAGUAAGCAGAGCUUGUACCCCAUCAUCUUAGAAAGUCUAAAAAUAUAUUGAGCUUGUGUAAGAUCAUUGUUGUCUCGUGGUAUGGCCUUGAGUUAACAAGAAAUUGCUCUUAAGCUUAUUAUGGA